UAUUGAAUGCAGAGAGAAGCUUUUAUCAACUUUAGUAUUACCAAAAAAAAAAAACUUUAGUAUUACCACACAUACUUGUUUCUGUUUUCGAAAAAUAUGUCAAAGAAACCUAUGAAAUACUAUGUCGUGGAUGCUUUCACGGAGUUGCCAUUCAAAGGAAACCCAGCAGCAGUGUGUCUAUUAGACGAAGAAGAAGAAGUUAAAGGCGAUGACUGGUUGCAAUCAUUAGCUGCUGAAUUUAACAUUCCAGUUACUUGUUAUUUGAUUCCUAUUCAUGGAACCUCGAAAUCUAAUCCCCAUUUUCGUCUCAGAUGGUUUACUUCUAUCGUCGAGGUUGAUAUUUGUGCUCAUGCCACAUUAGCAGCUUCACAUGCACUGUUUUCUUAUGGUUUGGUGAACAACAAUGCUACAAUUGAAUUUGUGACAAACUCUGGAAAUUUAACUGCGAAAAAGAUCUCAGUCAGAACCAAUGGUGAAGCAUCUAAGGAUGCUGCAUUUUAUGUUGAACUGAAUUUUCCUGUUGACCCUAUUACAAAAUUCAAGUUUGAUGAUACUUUGGUUAUUUCUAAAGCAUUGAAAGGUGCUUCCAUAGUUGAUAUAAUGAGGACACAAAUUCAAGAUGACAUACUUGUUGUGGUUACAUCUGGAGAAAAUGUCACAGAAAUUGAACCACUAUUUGAUGAAAUUGUUAAAUUACAAGGAAGGAAGAUAAGUGUAUCCGGGAUUGCGCCUCCUGACUCGGAAUUUGACUUCUAUCAUCGACUUUUCGCCCCAAAACUCGGAGUCAAUGAGGAUCCUGUUUGUGGAAGUAUCCAUUGUAGCUUGGCAACCUAUUGGAGCAAGAAGCUGGGAAAAACUGAUUUAAAGUCUUAUCAAACAUCAGUCAGAGGAGGAGCGGUCCAUGUUUGUAUUGAUGAACAAAAUAAAAGAGUGUUUCUGCGCGGGAAGGCUGUUAUAGUGAUGGAAGGGUGUGUUCUUGUCUAGUCGUCAUCUUCCUAGCAUUGUACUAAGCAUCUUCAACAAAGCAUGUCUUUGAUAGUGACAGACUUAUUAUUAUGUCCAUCAUUCACUUAAGUUAACUGUAUUAGAGAGGUAUCGUGCACUCUUCCAUAUUUUAAAUUGCAUUUGUUGUUUCUAUAUUUAUUUAUC